AUGGAGUGGCGCUGGCCCCUGGGGCUCGGGCUCGGGCUGCUGCUGCUGCUGCUGCUCUGCACCCCGCUGCCCCCGGGGGCGCGCGCCAAGGAAGUCACUCUGAUGGACACAAGCACCGCACAGGGCGAGCUGGGCUGGCUGCUGGAUCCCGAGGAUGGGUGGAGUGGGAUGCAGCAGAUGCUGAAUGGGACGCCCCUCUACAUGUACCAAGACUGCGCAGUACAAGGAGGAGGAGACACUGACCACUGGCUCCGUUCCAACUGGAUUUACCGGGGGGAGGAGGCUUCUCAAGUCUACGUGGAGCUUCAGUUCACCGUGCGGGACUGUAAGAGUUUCCCUGGGGGAGCCGGGCCUCUGGGCUGCAAGGAGACCUUCAACCUCCUGUUCAUGGAGAGUGACCAGGACGUGGGCAUUCAGCUCCGACGGGCCAUGUUCCAGAAGGUCACCACAGUGGCUGCAGACGAGAGCUUCACCAUCCGGGACCUUGCCUCGGGCUUGGUGAAAAUGAACACGGAGCGUAGCUCCCUGGGCCUCCUGACCCGCCGCGGCCUCUACCUCGCUUUCCACAACCCGGGGGCCUGUGUGGCCCUGGUGUCCGUGAGGGUGUUCUACCAGCGCUGCCCUGAGGCCGUGCAUGGCUUAGCCCGGUUCCCUGACACUCUCCCUACACCUACCAGGCUGGUAGAAGUGACGGGGACCUGCUUGCCCCACGCCCAGGCCAGCCCCUCAGGAGCGCCUCGCAUGCACUGCAGCUCCGAAGGCGAGUGGCUGGUGCCAGUGGGGAGGUGCCACUGUGAGCCUGGCUAUGAGGAAGGCGGAGAGAAAUGCCACGCCUGCCCAGGAGGCUCCUACCGGGCAAAUGUGGACUCACCCCGUUGUCUCAAGUGCCCCCAACACAGCCUGGCCGAGUCUGAGGGGGCCACCAUCUGUGCCUGUGAGAGUGGCCAUCACCGAGCCCCUGGGGAGGGCCCGCAGGCGGCGUGCACACGUCCCCCCUCAGCCCCUCAAAACCUGAGCUUCUCUGUUUCGGGGACCCAGUUCUCCCUGCAUUGGGCAGCCCCAGCAGACAUGGGGGGGCGCCAGGAUGUGAGAUACAGCGUGGGGUGUUCUCAGUGUCGGGGAGCAGCGCCAGGUGAAGGCCCCUGCCAGCCCUGUGCGGGAAAUGUGCACUUCUCCCCGGGGGCCAGCGAGCUCACCGCUCCUGCUGUGCGCGUCGAGGGCCUCGAACCCUUUGCCAACUACACCUUCCACGUGGAAGCCCACAACGGAGUAUCAGGGUUGGGCAGUGCCAAGCCCUCCCGCACCUGGCUCAGCGUCCACAUGGGGCACACAGAGUCACCAGUAGGCCUGUCCCUGAGGCUGGUGAGGAAGGAGCCCCGGCAGCUGGAGCUGACCUGGGCGGGGUCCCGACCCCGCAGCCCUGGCGGGAACCUGACCUAUGAACUACAUGUGCUGAACCAGAAUGAAGAGCGGCACCAGAUGGUUCUAGAACCCAGGGUCCUGCUGACUGAACUGCAGCCAGACACCACGUACAUCGUUAGGGUCCGAAUGUUGACCCCGCUGGGCCCCGGCCCAUUCUCCCCUGACCAUGAGUUUCGGACCAGCCCACCAGUUUCCAAGGGCCUGAGUGGAGGCGAGAUCGUGGCCAUCAUCUUCGGGGUGCUGCUGGGCGUGGGGCUGCUGCUCGGGAUGUUUGUCUUCCGUUCCAGGAAACGUCGACUGCGACAGCAGCAGAGGCAGCUUGAUCGUGUCACUAAUGUGAACAGAGGGGACAAGCAGAGGCUGAAGCCUUACGUGGACCUCCUGGCGGAACCCAUGAUGUAUGAGGACCCAGCCCUGGGGGCUCUGGACUUCACCCAGGAGCUGGAUCCAGCCUGGCUGAUUGUGGACACUGUCAUAGGGGAAGGAGAGUUUGGGGAAGUGUAUCAAGGGACCCUGAGAAUCCCCAGCCAGGACUGCAGGACUGUGGCCAUUAAGACCUUGAAGGACACGUCUCCAGACGGCCAGUGGUGGAACUUCUUUCGAGAGGCAACAAUCAUGGGCCAGUUUAACCACCCGCACAUUCUGCGCCUCGAAGGCGUUGUGACAAAGAGGAAACCCAUCAUGAUCAUCACGGAGUUUAUGGAGAACGGAGCCCUGGAUGCCUUCCUGCGGGAACGGGAGGACCAGCUGGUCCCUGCACAGCUGGUGGCUAUGCUGCUGGGCAUUGCGUCUGGCAUGACCUACCUCAGUGACCACAGUUAUGUCCAUCGGGACCUGGCUGCCAGGAACAUCUUAGUGAGUCAGAACCUGUGCUGCAAGGUGUCUGACUUUGGCCUUACCCGUCUCCUGAACAACAAGGAUGGGACCUAUGAAACUCAGGGAGGAAAGAUCCCCAUCCGUUGGACAGCACCUGAAGCCAUUGCCAAUCGGAUCUUCUCCACGGCCAGUGAUGUGUGGAGCUUCGGGAUUGUGAUGUGGGAGGUGCUGAGCUUUGGGGACAAGCCCUACGGGGAGCUGAGCAAUCAGGAGGUAAUGAAGAGCAUCGAGGAUGGGUACCGGCUGCCCCCUCCUGUGGAUUGUCCCGCUGCUCUCUACGAACUGAUGAAGAACUGCUGGGCCUACAACUCCGACCAUCGGCCCCACUUCCACCAGCUAAAGACGCAGUUGGAGCGAUUGCUGAGCACCCCUCACACCCUGCGGACCAUGGCCAACUUUGAUCCCAAGGUAACCCUUCGCCUGCCCAGCCUGAGCGGCUCAGACGGGAUUCCCUAUCGAAGCGUCCCCGAGUGGCUGGAGUCCAUUCGCAUGAAACGCUACAUUCUGAACUUCCGCUCAGCUGGGCUGGACACCAUGGAGUGUGUGCUGGACCUGACAGCCGAGGACCUGGUGCAGAUGGGGAUCACGCUGCCAGGACACCAGAAGCGCAUUCUUUGCAGUAUUCAGGGAUUCAAGGACUGA